AUGGCCAACAAAUAUUUUCAUAACCUCCAUUUUAAGACAAUAGUAUCUCCAGUUCGGCUUUUACACUGCCUCUCCCCUCUUCUUUUCACAGAACACCUUAAUUUUUAUCUCGACCCAGAAGCUCAGUAUAGCCGUCGAACUAUCCUUUCAACACUUAAAGUGUCACACCUCUCUCAGUAUAGCCAUCGAACUAUCCUUUCAACCCUAAAAGUGUCACACCUCUCUCAGUAUAGCCAUCGAACUAUCCUCUCAACCCUUAAAGGGUCACACCUCUCUCAUAUAGCCAUCGAACUAUCCUUUCAACACUUAGUGUCACACCUCUCUCAGUAUAGCCAUCGAACUAUCUUUUCAACCCUUAAAGUGUCACACCUCUCUCAGUAUAGCCAUCGAACUAUCCUUUCAACCCUUAAAGUGUCACACCUCUCUCAGUAUAGCCAUCGAACUAUCCUUUCAACACUUAAAGUGUCACACCUCUCUCAGUAUAGCCAUCGAACUAUCCCUUCAACCCUUAAAGUGUCACACCUCUCUCAGUAUAGCCAUCGAAUUAUCAUUUCAACGCAUAAAGUGUCACACCUCUCUCAGUAUAGCCAUCGAACUAUCCUUUCAACCCUAAAAGUGUCACACCUCUCUCAGUAUAGCCAUCGAACAAUACUUUCAACCCUUAAAGUGUCACACCUCUCUCAGUAUAGCCAUCGAAAGAUCCUUUCAACCCUAAAAGUGUCACACCUCUCUCAGUAUAGCCAUCGAACUAUCCCUUCAACCCUUAAAGUGUCACACCUCUCUCAGUAUAGCCAUCGAACUAUCAUUUCAACGCAUAAAGUGUCACACCUCUCUCAGUAUAGCCAUCGAACUAUCCUUUCAACACUAAAAGUGUCACACCUCUCUCAGUAUAGCCAUAGAACAAUCCUUUCAACCCUUAAAGUGUCACACCUCUCUCAGUAUAGCCAUCGAACUAUCCUUUCAACCCUAAAAGUGUCACACCUCUCUCAGUAUAGCCAUCGAACUAUCCUUUCAACCCUUAAAGUGACACACCUCUCUCAGUAUAGCCAUCGAACUAUCCUUUCAACCCUAAAAGUGUCACAACUCUCUCAGUAUAGCCAUCGAACUAUCCCAUCAACCCUUAAAGUGUCACACCUCUCUCAGUAUAGCCAUCGAACUAUCCUUUCAACCCAUAAAGUGUCACACCUCUCUCAGUAUAGCCAUCGAACUAUCCUUUCAAACCUAAAAGUGUCACACCUCUCUCAGUAUAGCCAUCGAACAAUCCUUUCAACCCUUAAAGUGUCACACAUCUCUCAGUAUAGCCAUCGAACUAUCCUUUCAACACUAAAUGUGUCACACCUCUCUCAGUAUAGCCAUCGAACAAUCCUUUCAAGCCUUAAAGUGUCACACCUCUCUCAGUAUAGCCAUCGAACUAUCCUUUCAACCCUUAAAGUGUCACAUCUCUCUCAGUAUAGCCAUCGAACUAUCCUUUCAACCCUUAAAGUGUCACACCCCUCUCAGUAUAGCCAUCGAACUAUCCUUUCAACAGUUAAAGUGUCACAUCUCUCUCAGUAUAGCCAUCGAACUAUCCUUUCAACACUAAAAUUGUCACACCUCUCUCAGUAUAGCCAUCGAACAAUCCUUUCAACCCUAAAAGUGUCACACCUCUAUCAGUAUAGCCAUCGAACUAUCCUUUCAACCCUAAAAGUGUCACACCUCUCUCAGUAUAGCCAUCGAACUAUCCCUUCAACCCUUAAAGUGUCACACCUCUCUCAGUAUAGCCAUCAAACUAUCCUUUCAACCCUAAAAGUGUCACACCUCUCUCAGUAUAGACAUCGAACAAGCCUUUCAACCCUAAAAGUGUCACACCUCUCUCAGUAUAGCCAUCGAACUAUUCUUUCAAACCUAAAAGUGUCACACCUCUAUCUGUAUAGCCAUCGAACUAUCCCUUUUCAACCUAAAAGUGUCACACCUCUCUCAUGUCACACCUCUCAGUAUAGCCAUCGAACUAUCCCUUCAACCCUUAAAGUGUCACACCUCUCUCAGUAUAGCCAUCGAACCAUCCUUUCAACCCAUAAAAGUGUCACACACCUCUCUAUAUAUAGCCAUCGAACUAUCCUUUCAAACCUAAAAGUGUCACACCUCUCUCAGUAUAGCCAUCGAACUAUCCUUUCAAACCUAAAAUGUCACACCUCUCUCAGUAUAGCCAUCGAACAAUCCUUUCAAGCCUUAAAGUGUCACACCUCUCUCAGUAUAGCCAUCGAACUAUCCUUUCAACCCUUAAAGUGUCACAUCUCUCUCAGUAUAGCCAUCGAACUAUCCUUUCAACCCUUAAAGUUCUCUUUUCUGUCCUUCGUCAUUCUUACCGUGCGACGAUUUCUCUCGUUUCAUGUUAUCAUUAUGAAAUUGAAAAGAUUUCUUCUCCGUUAUUAUCCACCAGGUAUCAUCUUAGAAUAUGAAAAAGGAGGACAUGUGAAAACAAAAUCUAUUGAUUUACUGGAUUUAAAAGCAAACACUGAUGUUAAUGCCAUGGUGGAUGAAAUUAUGAAGAAAGAACCUUUAAUUACUACAUCCAAAAUCAUCAUUUCCACAUUUUUAAGGUUCUUAGGGCUCAUAUUUUGCCUCUCACUAAUGUUGCUUUUAAUAAAUCUGGCUCAUGUUUUAUCACUGGAAGUUAUGAUCGCACAUGCAAAAUGUGGAAUACUGCUUUCAGGUGAAGAACUUCACACUUUCAAUGGACAUACAAAUGUGGUUUAUGCAAUUGCUUUUAAUAAUCCUUUUGGGUAA